CUCUCAUUUAAGAGAAUAGAUAGCCGAGAGAGGGAACAGAAGCCAAAACGAUCACUCAAAUCUUACAAAUCACUUUACUUAUUUGUUUGCUGGGUGUAAGUACUGUGCAAACUUCACAGCACUGAAGCUAAAUAUUAGCACAAUUUAUGGCUCACAAUUUCAUUUAUACAUAACCCAUCGGGAGCAAACACGAGAGAACCCCAACAUCCAUGUGUUAUUUUUCACAGAUUUUCCAAUGCCGAAUCCUCAGAUCUCUUAUUGCCAGUUCUCUGCAAGGUGACAUUCUCCUUUGGAAUGGGAAAACCCAACGAGGGCUCCAAUCCUGCAGGCAAUGAGGAUGGGGAGGAAAUUCGGGAGUCAUCUGGCUGUAGUUGCAAUGCUUGUGCUUCAAGCAUCUGCACAGGGAAGAUACGGAAGUAUGUGGUUGCAUUGGUUCUCUCUCUGAACCUGUUGGCAUUUGGGGUUUGGUCACUUCCAAUAUUUGGGAAGAAUAAUCGGACGUCUGCGGGACUUGCAUCAGCAAAUAAUCUGCAAGCUCAAAUACAAGCAAGCUUUAGGCUCCAGAAAUCAUUAUCUGCUGUCAAUGCUAAUGUUCCAAAGUUGGAAGGUGCCAUAUCGGAGGAAGUAGGUGUUCCCUUCACAAAGGUUGCAGUGACAUCGAUAGAGCCAUUAAAUGCUACAAACUCGACUGAGGUUAUAUUUGACAUUCUUCCAGAUCCAGAGAACACAAAUAUUUCAUCAUAUGGCCUUUUUUGGUUAAGAGAAACAUUCAUUGCUCUGUUAUCAGGGAGUUAUAAUCUUUCUUUGAAAUCGGAAGCUUUUGGAGAUGCUUCUUUUUUUGAACUGUUGAAGUUUCCUGGAGGAAUUACAGUUGUGCCUAAACAGAAAGUUUUUCCUUUGCAACGAAACCCAGUUCUCCUUAAUUUUACAUUACACAGCACAAUUGCCCAAGUUGUUCAAAAUCUAGAUCAGCUAAGAAAGCAGUUGAGCAUUUAUUUACGAGUCCGGCCCAACGAGAAUGUGUUUGUUCAGUUAACAAAUCUGCAAGGGUCAACUGUGAAUCCCCCAGUUAUAGUUGAGACAUUUAUUGUGUCAGUGGUGGGGAAGAAGGCUCUACCAACUCCAAGACUAAGGCAGUUGGCUCAUGAAAUCAAUCCGUCAAGUAACCUGGGACUUAAUCACACUCUUUUUGGCAAAGUAAAGCAGAUUCAGUUGUCAUCAUAUCUGAGAUACCCUUCAAGUCCUCCACCUUAUCAUCUUUUUAGUCCAGUCUCAUCACCUUCAGAAAGUACAUUUAUUAGUCCAACACAUUCCACACCUCCCUCUUAUGACCAACAUGUUAUUGCUCCAUCUCCUAACAAUGCAGUUCCAGCACCAGUUUCCCACCACCAUGCUGAUUCUCCCUGCUACCGGCAUGGCUUAAUUCCAUAUCAUCACCAUGUAUUUGCACCCUCUUCUUAUCAUUCACAUAAUCAUUGUAACCUACAUCAUGCUUCAAACCCUGUUAAAUGUAGGCAUAGAGGGCAUGCUCCGAUCUCUGGGUUGAAUGGAGAAGCACCUUCACCCUCACCUAGCAUGGCUAAGCCUUUUGGGCACCACCAUCAUAGAACAGUAGCUUCUGCACCCCAUGUUAUAACUUCUGUUCCUCCUGCCUUCUCUCCACAGGACGGCCUUUCUCCUCAAGCUCGGCACCUGGGUGGUCACUCUUUUGCUUCAGCUUCACCUGCUCCAUCUCCUUUACCAUACUACUCUGUUCCUAAAAGUGCUCCACCUGCUUCAAGUGGCAUGGUUUCAUCACCUAAAUCUCCACAUCUCUCUCCAGAAGGGUUAUCUCAUUCUCCAUCUCCGCAAAAGACUAGGAUGUCUCACCCAGAUCUGCCAGAAAAGAUUUCCCCUGCUCCGGCUUUCUCAGAUGUUUCAUAUUCAUCCUAUUGUGUAGGUCCUACUCAGUUGAUCAUCAGAUCACUGAUUUUGGCGGGAACUGUUUUAUCUGUGUUGGUUUGAAGAAAGACAGUGGAACCUUAAGUUGAUGAUGCAGCCAGCUUAAUUAUAUUAUUUGACAUCAAGUGAUUGUGUUCUUGUAAUUCUCCUUUAAUUUCAUCAGAAAUAAUAUUUCUAGCAGGCUUCCGGCUCCAAGGAUGCUAUCCAACUUGCUAUGUUUUAACAGUAAUGCUUGUUAGGACAGUUUUGAGUUUUCUCGUCCUGUGAAUUCUGAGGACAAGACUCUGAAGUACGGAAAAUUCAGUAUUAUUAUCAAAGCUCUAGACUAGCAAAUCAAGCUUGAUUAAAGGCAGAAAGGUUUUAAGACCAAGUGGGAUAUGCUAUGUGAUUUAUUAUGUAAGGGCAUAUCUAUCUGUAUAUAAAGUGCUGCUUGUUUACACAAAAUAUGUAAGCAAGUGUAUCUUCUGGUCAAAGCUGCAAAGGUGGCAGGCCACUCGUCACACGUAUUUCCAAUAAUAUAUGUUUUAUGUUGAACUAUGAAAAACCCAUGCAGGGUUUGGUUUCAUGAAAGGUUCUCUUGCUUGAAAGUAAAGCAUAGACUUUUUUACA